AUGAAUCAAUAGAUUGAUUUCGACAACGAUAACAAGCUACCCUUUAAUACAAACGGCUAUACAGAUUCAGCAGUUAUGAUGUGUUUUCAUUGUGAUCAAAUAGGAGAAACCAAGUUAGUAUAUGAAAGGGGGAUGUGGACAUACUUGAUGUGUAUAGCAAUGUAAUGCAUAUGCGGGUUAUUUAAUUGACCUAUUCUAAAGCCCAUUAGGUUCGGUUGUCUUGUUUAUGAAUGAUUGCAAAGAUAUCUAUCAUAUUUGUAGAAACUGCAAAGCUGUAGUUGGGAUUACUGAAAAACAAAUUAAAUUUCAAUGAACUUAUAGAAUAAUUCAUUAAGCGAAAAAUUAGCAAAUAUCUCAAUGUCUAUGAGUGAUUUCGACCGAUCGAAGUUAAGGAGUCAUCGUCAAGUUGGGAGUACCCAUAUCACCAUACAAGCGACUGGCUUUGUUUUCAAACAUUAAGGAAUUAUUUUUCCUUUGCUUUGCUAUUUUUAUCAAAGUCACUUCAUCUAGUUCAGAUCUGCAUGCUGGACAAAUUCUAUUCUUCUCCAACCAAUUAUCAAUACAUUACACAUGAAAGAUGUGAGUGCAAUAAGUCAAUCU